AUGUGUGACGCGAGAAUCCAGAGAAAGCUGAAAGAUUAUCGUGAUCAACUCGACCACGCUAAGCAAAUUUUCGAGCAUGGACUGAGCAAGAAUGAGUGCCUCGAACUCGAUGUCCGGAACCUCGACACUCUGGGCGUCAUCGGUGAAGGAGUGUUCGGGGAGAUCUACAGAGUCGAGGAUCAGGGGUCGUUCUACGCUGUGAAGAAACACGCGAAGCGACGAAUUCGAGAGAGGAAAAGCCAAGCAAUCGUGAUCCGGGAAAGGAAGUGGCUCUGUGCCAUGAACAACCCGUUUGUAGUAAAGUGUCUCUCGAAAUUCAAGGAUGCUGAUAACGUUUACUUGAUCAUGCAAUACGCGCCCUACGGUGACGUGAAGAGCAUGCUCUCGAGAGGUGCUAUCCCAGAAGAACGAGCUGUGAAAAUAGCGAUUCAAGCGGUACUAGCGCUCGAGUUCCUGCACGCAAUGGAUAUAACUCUCCGGAACUUGGAGCCGCGUAAUCUCCUAGUUUUUUCUAGGGGCCGUGUGAAAUUGAGCGACUUCGGAGCCGCCAUAAUAGGCUCUUCGAUUUCCGGAAAAAACUUCAGAAGCACCCCCUAUACGGCACCAGAAAUGCUCAAGGAACGACCGUACACAAACGCGGUCGACUGGUGGUCCAUGGGAGUAGUGAUAUACGAAAUGCUCCUCGCAAAGCUUCCCUUCGGCGGAGAACAAGAUCACAAAGAUGUCUUGCAGAGACGAAUUACAUCGGAUCCACUUUCAGGUCUCGGCACUGAUGCUCUCAGCUUCAGCGCCAAACUGGUUAUCCAACAGUUUCUCGAGAAGGAGCCGGUCAAACGGCUUGGCGGCCCGAGGACCAACGUCGAUGACAUCAAAAAUCAUCCCUGGUUUUCAAACGUGAAUUACUAUGACGUCAUCUUCGGUCUCAAUCAGUUUGCUCUCCAGGACUCGGAACUCGCGGCAAAUCGCGAAACGAAAUGUGCUCGCGAUUUGUUGAGGACUUUGUCGAAACCAGAAGAGCGAGACCCUCUGAGGGACGACCUGAAAGAUUUCUGA